AUGGUAGCACAGAAAAUCGAAUGGUCUUCUAUCGAAGGUCAAGAACAUCCAACCUUAGGUCCAGCUUAUGUCAAUAAUAACCAAGUUUAUACUAGUGGGAUCAUUGGACAGAAUUAUGGUACUGGAGACAUUCCUGAAUCUUUAGCGGAUCAAACCCAUCUAGCCAUUCAAAAUGUCAAGAAAGUAUUGGAAGUGAGUGGUUCUUCAUUGGAUAAGGUGUUCAAGGUCACUGCGUUCAUCUCCCAUGCUGACUACUCCAAAGAGAUGAAUGAGAUAUACGCUACUUACUUCCCUCAAAGACCUGCUAGAUCUUGUGUUAUAGCAGCUUUCAUGGAUGCCCGAGUCAAGUUUGAGUUAGAAGUCAUUGCCACCACUGAUUAG